AUUAUUAUUAGCAAGAUGGCGAUUGUAGUUGCAUGUGUCAACGUCGACAAGAUUCUACGCUGCAUGUUAUUUUAAUUAAAUAAUUCUAAAUAACUUAUUGAUUAACGUGCCUAUUUAUUAGUAAGAAUUAAUAAAUGAAAGUUUUGUGGUAAAUAAAUUAAGUUCAUUUAUUUUUUUUAAUAGUCGUAAAACAAAAAAGAUAGAAAAUGGGUAGAUCUAGAUCGCGCAGUAAAUCGCCGAGUAGUAGGCGGCGUCAUAAGAGUAAACAUUCGCGAAAACGUUCUAAAUCCCGUGAAAAACGUUCUAACAGCAAAUAUGUAGAAAAAUCAAAAGAACGCAGUUCUAAAACAAGAAAACGUUCACAUUCUUCAUCAACAAGCAGUGAUUCUGAUGGGUCCGAUGAUGUUCACAUUGUCAGCCAUAAAAAACGUUUGUUUAAAGAUAGAGAUAGAAAAAUGGAUGAAGUUGAGCGAUUAGCUGAAAUGGAACGUCAAAGGAAAAAGAAAGAAUUAACGCACAAUACCCUCGCCACAAGCGCAAUCCGGCGACAGCGAGAAACGGAGCAAAAGUUAGUGGAGGAAGAGGCUGCUAAACGUAUUGAAGAGCUUGUCCAAAAAAGGGUAGAAGAAGAACUAGAAAAACGUAAGGAGGAGAUUGAGGCGGAAGUUCAUCGACGAGUAGAAGAGGCUAAAAGAGCCAUUGAACGUCAAAUGAUGGAAGAAAUGGAAUGGCGCCAGGCUAAACUCCGCGAGGAGGAAAAACGAAGAGAGGAGGAAGAGCGGAAAAAACGUGAGGAACUCGAAAGGAUCAUGGAGGAAAACAACAGGAAAAUUGAAGAGGCUCAAAAGAAAUUGGCUGAGGAAAGAUUAGCAAUGGUUGAAGAACAACGACUUAUGGAAGAAGAGCGGCAAAAGAUGAGAAAAGAACAAGAAAAGCGAGUUAAAGAAGAGCAAAAGAAAAUAUUGGGAAAAAAUAAUUCAAGACCUAAGCUUUCUUUUACCUUGAAACCAGUUACGUGAGUUUUAAGAUUAAUUUCGAGUCAUCUUUUUUUGCGCUGUUAGAUAUCCCUUUAGAGUUAUUUUUUACAUAGGUAGUGAUUUGCAAGUUAUAAUCAAGCUGUUUGAUCGAUAAUAUAGACAUCAAAUAAUCUGUUUAUUUGCUGCUUUUGUUCGAUCAAAUUCUUGUUAACAUUUCUUGCAAGUUAUUGACUGUCGUGAAGUUAUCAAAUUCACACAAUCUGUAUAUUAAUAAUGUUAAUUUGUGUAUAUAUUAAACAAUCAGAACGAUAA